AUGUCCUCCCCUAAACUCAUCGUCAUUCUAGGUGCAACUGGCAAUCAAGGUGGUUCCGUCGCAGAAUCCUUCUUGUCGGAACCAAACUGGAAAGUCCGUGCCGUAACGCGCAACACCAAAAGCUCCAAAGCCCAAACACUCUCCUCCAAAGGCGCCCAAGUCGUCCAGGCUGAUCUCGACGAACCCUCAACUCUUAUCGCUGCCUUUGAAGGAGCCAACGCCAUCUUUGCAGUCAGUGACUUCUGGGGGUUGUACAAUGACCCAGCCAAUAAGUCUAGAGCAAAGCCUGGACAACCUCUUAACGAGUGGGCUGCUGAGCAUGAGGAACAGCAGCUUAAGAAUGUGAUUGAUGCUGCUUCCAAGGUUCCCACGCUGGAGAAAUUUGUUCUCUCUUCUUUAUCCAAUGCUGAGAAGUGGUCCAAGGGUAAAUAUACUCGGAACUAUCACUUUGAUGGCAAGGCUCGUGCAGCAGAGUAUAUCCCAAAAGCGCAUCCGGAUCUUUGGGCCAAGACCAGUGUCUUUCAAGCUGGACUCUUUUUGAGCAACUUUGUUCAAUUGCCUUUAAACCAGCCCGUCAAAAAUGCCGAUGGAGUGGCACAGUUCAUCUCACCCCUACACCCCGAUACCAAGUUCCCCUACAUCGCCGCCGAAGAAGACUCAGGCCCCAUUGUCAAGGCUCUCAUCAUCCAAGAACCUGCAGGGCACAACCUCAUUGGCUACAGAGAGUGGCUUACGUUGAAAGAGAUCGCAGAGUCUUUCACCAAAGCCACUGGCAUUAAAGCAGUUGCUGUCAAAUCGGAUGGAACGUUCCCACCUGAGUUUUCGGAAGAGUUGGUAGACGAAAUGAGAGAUUGCUUUGGCUACUUUAAUGAGUUUGGAUAUGAAGGCCGAGACGAUCAGACUUUAGUUCAUCCUCGUGAUUUGACGUCGGCGCCCAAGCUGGAUACGGCAGAGGAUUACUUCAGGAAGCAAGACUGGUCUAAGAUCUUCGGUUAA